ACAGGGGUCUUUUAGCAAUUUCUGUGGGCGAGGAGACGGUUCCUACCGCAGCCGAGAAGGCAGGAACGUCUUCUGGCAAUGCCGAGGACAUUGUCAUGCUGGAAAUCGACGUGAAAGAACCUGUGAAGAGGUCACCGAUAUCAGCCGGCACGGAUUACGGAUCCGCGCCUAAUCAAUACAUCCUUGAAGGUGCCGACGGCAGUCAACAGCUGUCACCGGAGUAUCUGUCAAUCCUGCAGCAAUACAGGCAAGACCAGCCUCAACCAGCUCCGCCUCAACGCAGACCACAGCCAGCCUACGCAAGGCAGCAGCAGGCCUUGCAACAAGCCUACUACAACUACCGAAAACCAGCGGUGGUUCCCCCGAGGCCGCGUUCUCAGCUUCAUCCUCAGGCUUUGGCUCAGGCCGAAGCAGCCGCGGAUAUCCAAGCCCAAGUGGACGCUCAGAACCGCGCCGAAGCCAUUCGCACAGCCCGAUUAGGCUCGAAUCCACCUGAACCUAACGAAUACCAAGGUCCAUCCUACACUCAAUCAAAGUUGGGAACGUUCGAGCAAGAACUGUUGCAAUUGGUAACUGCAAACCAAGCUCAAGAGUUCAAGUUGGUCCCGACGCAACCGAAAGGCAGCUCUUCGGCGUAUUCUCAGCAAUUGGUAAGCUACCCAUCCGAGUACGCGAAGGCUAGCCCAGCUCAGCUACCGGAGCAAUAUCACAUCGAGACAUCGCCACCGAGAUACCAUCAACCACAACAACAACCGCAGCAACAAGUGGCUGCCUAUCAGUCCAUCGAAGAACCGGUUCAGUACCAAGCUCCAGCUGCGAAACAAUUCGUUCCGUCGCCUCAGUACGACUACGAAGCUGACGAGGCUCAUCUGAGGGCCCUCGAACAGGCUCAGGCUCAGGCCCAAGCCCAGGCCGACGCGCAGGCGCUAGCCUAUCAAAAAGUGGCCCAAGCUGCCCACAACAGACACCAGCAGGACGCCUUUGCGCAGAUAAGGCUCUCGAACGAGCGUCACAGGCAGGAGCAGUCGGCUCUGCAGCAGCAGUCGGCUCUGCAGCAGCAGUCGGCUCUGCAGCAGAUCCAACAAGGCUCCCAGGUCAGCGAUGCUGGACGUAACUACUUGUACGAGCAGCUGCAGCCGAAAGGCGCUGAGGCCGCUUACAGGGCGAAGGUGAAAGCUCAGACGACCGCCGAAGUGGCAGAGGCGAGGAAGUUGCAGCAGGCUGCAGAGUUCAAGGCGCACGCUGACGCCAUCAAGAAACUAGAAGCGCAGCAACAAGCUCACAUUAGGGUCCAAGAGGAGGUGCACAACUACGCUCUGAAUUUCGAGAAGAACCAAGCCCGCGCCCAGGCUCUCGCUCAGGCUCAGGCUGAAGCUCUGUACAAACUCCAGGUUCAAGGACGCAACGAGGUUAACAAGGAGAUCCUGGCGAUAUCCAAGGGUGAAGUAGAAGGAAAGAAAGCCGAUCCUCACUCCCCAGUCUACCACUUCACUCUUCAAACCGUUAACGCUCCUCUGCCUGCGCCCAACAGCUACUUCAGUGCCGAUCAGCUGCAGAAGUACCAGGCUUCAGGGUCCUCCCAUGUUCCCAGGUCGGUUCCCAAACCCGAAGACCUGAAAGUGGUAGAAGCAGCCCCGGUUGAAAGUCAAUCUGCCAUCACACAGCCUCGACAAACGCAUAAACUUAAGAUACCUUCCUCUGCUCAGUCUGUUUACGUAUCCGAAUCAGGAUUGCUGAAGAAGUCGCCUAUCAAGUCGUUGACUAUAGAGCAGGUGGAGCCAGACAGCCACUCUGGUUUCCAAGCUGGUGCUUCUGGAGUACGAGCUUUAACGGAGGAGGAUUUGUCUGCUUUGAUCAAUGCCGGGUACACGGUCACUCCGGUCUCGCAAACUGCGAAGCCUGACGAAGCGUACGCUGUGGAAAACUCGUCAGGUUAUUAUAGUAAGAAGCAGAGGGGCCCGGUCCAGAGACCUGAUUACGUUACUUACGAGGAAGUGAUCCAACGUCCGCGUAAAUUGCUCAGGAAAAACAGGCCACUUGCGAAGGACGACAGAGUUGGCGAAGGUAGCGAGAAGGUUACUUAUUUGGUACCUCUGGAAUCCCCUUUCGGUACUAGACAACCCCCGCUCAAACACGAGGAAUAAUUCGGUUAAUAACUUGAACCGAAGUAUAGCUUAUGUUUUUCAUACUUGGUUUCUCGUUCCGAUGUGCGUGGAACUGUUUUGGGAUUCUGCAACACUGGAACGGGAAUAAGAAUUGGAAAAGUAUUGGGUUAUCUGUAUAUGCUUACUGUAUACACGGUAUACGGUCACUAUUUACAUAUAUAUUAGGUUGUCCUAAAAGUUUCUUUCGUCAGUUGGAUUCGAUUAUUUCUUAGACAUUGUUGGUGUAACAGUAAUGGAGCGAAAUGAAUUGUACACAAUUCUGUAAUGUAAUAUAAAACAUUGUGUAUGAAUUAAUUAUUAAUAAAACGAAAGAAACUUUUGGGACAACCUAAUAGUAUAUAUAUAUACAGAGAAAUCCCUGGAAUAAAAAUAAUAAAUACUUGAGUCAAUUAAGAAACAACAAGUUCAUUUUUCUGUGCAAAUGUUUCGGUAAUGAAAUACAUUUUUAAUUUAAUACUCCUUUCUGAAGUAAUUGUUAAUGGUAGGUUAGCGACGAUUUAUUUCCUAAACUAAAUUUUAGCCAAGCCUAUAUUUUUGUUUAUACGUUUACGUUGAUUGACAAAUAGACAUGCGUAAUUUUGGUUGACGUGUUACUUAUGGAUUAAAGUUUCGAAGUUUGAAUAGUUAUUGGGUCUCGUGCGUUGUCAAUCAAGAUGGCUGAUCCAUAAAAUGGCAGUUCUUUUAGCAUGAAAAACGAAGUAACCAAUUCUGUAGCGCGAAUGAGUACAACGAUGCUCUUUUAUUACUUGUAGAUGGUAUGUGCGACGGUGCUAAGUCGACUAAUUUUUAUUUAUAUCUACUUUUUGUAUAUACUAGAUUUUUACUUAAUAAAACAGUUAAAAAAUCA